UAAACAUAUAAUAGUGUAUAUAUAUAUAUACCACUAUAAGAACAAGGGGAAGCACAUAAUUUAUUUAUGGCUAGGUUAAAGUUUUUGAAUCUCUUAUCCUUAUAUCUUUCUUCCAUAUGGGCAAUCUACAAACACCUUUUAUCUAGUUUACUAAACACAAAUGGGGUUCCAUUCAUAGUCAAACUGAUUGAGAUUUGCUUAGGACUAUACUUCUGGUUCUGUGGUCUAUCACCAUGUACCGUUGAUUUAGAUGACCAAACCACCAUGCAUUUCUGGACCGUUAAUCACCGCCGAAACAACAAGCCAGAUCUAGUUAUGAUUCAUGGCUAUGGUGGCAAUUCAAUCUGGCAGUUUCUGGGCCAAGUGGGUCCUCUGUCUCGAGACUUCAACUUGUACCUUCCAGACUUGUUAUUCUUCGGAAAGUCCUAUACCAAACGCUCCGACCGGUCUGAGGUUUUCCAAGCCAAAUGUGUUGUUGAAGGUUUGAGAAAACUGGGCUUAAAACGUUUCUCGCUUUACGGUAUAAGCUAUGGUGGUUACGUGGCUUAUCAGAUGGCCCAGAUGUGUCCUGACGAGGUUGAAAGGGUUGUGAUUGUGAGUAGUGGGAUUGUUUGGACAGAGGAUCAAAAACAAGAGCUUCUCCAUAAGAAGCAUGGGAGAUAUGGUUUGGAGAUUCUUUUGCCACAAAAUCCUUGUGAUCUACGGCUGUUAGUGAGUCUAUCAGUCUACAAAUUUAAUCCUCUUAAAUGGGUACCCGAGUUUGUUGUUAGAAACUUCGUAAAGGCAACAAUGGUAUAUCGAAAGGAAAAGAUAGAAAUGGUAGAAGAAUUGCGCACCGGAACACUAGAUUCUAAUUUUCCAGUCCUGACUCAGGAAACGCUAAUAAUCUGGGGUGACAAAGAUCAUGUAUUCCCUUUAAAUUUGGCUUAUCAGUUACAUAGACAUUUGGGACCCAAGUCGAAGUUGGAGAUUAUCAAGGACACAGGUCAUGCUGCAAAUCUCGAUUCACCAGAAAUCGUCAAUGCACUGACCAAGUCAUUCAUUUCGACCCUUCUCUAGUCCCUAGCUAGCAACAGUACGUAGGCACUUAAUGCUAAAUUGCACUAAUAGCACGUACGCUAUAGGAGCAAUGUUAUUAGGCCAUUCAAGGGAUCUAAUAUUAUAUCAAUGUCAAGCAUUAUAAUUUGUUAAAAGGAGUUUUUAUAUUAUUCAUUAAAUUAAAAUAUAUAGGAUCGAUAUUAAAUUGGGUAAGUUUAUCCCCUCUUCUAGUGGUUCACCUUAAAAUGCAUCUUAACAAUGUAUUUUCCCUUAUAGAAAUAACAUGAUGAUAUACAUAAACUCAUUUA